AUGUCACUAGGAUUCGGGCUCGGAGAUGCUGCAUUGAUUAUCAAAACCCUCUGGACUACUGUUUCCCUCCUCCGCGGGGAGGCAGUAGAUGAGUUCCGGCGCUUUCAGGGACGGUAUCGCGAUCUUGAGAUGGUGAGCGACCUGCUCAUCGAUAGAAACUUCCAGGAGCUAGGAGAAAGAUACCCCUUUCCUCGAGAAUCCAGACAAAUCGAACGGCUACUGGGAGAAUUUCACAGAAUAAUGGAAAACCUUGGCCCUUCCCUUGGUCGCCGUCGUAAAGGAAAAAUUAAGGGCUUCUUCCAAAAACUUAGGUGGCGCUCGCAUGCUAAGAAUCUUGAACGGCUUCAUCAAGAUAUCUUCUUUCAAUUUAACAUAAUAGACCGCAAGAUGUGGGUUGUAUUCCGAACGAGCACUAGCGACUAUGAAGCAUCUGACACUGUUGAUUCUAUCAGGAAGCCUUUGAUUGAAGAUCUUUUCAUCAGGAACCGUUUCCUUCUUGAGGACCCGUUCGGCUACCACCAUAAGCUCGACUUAUUUGCUGUUGCCUCAUGGGAAGCACUACAUGAAUUUCUUAUACGAAUAUUUCCUCGAGUUCACAAGGGACACGAGAUCAUCCAGAGCCACCGAUAUCUCUUGCACAGUAAUGGACUUGCUGACGUCCUAUGCAAUAGUCCAGGAAAGAAACCGAUCGGAGAUGUUAUCAAGCCUGGACAGAUCAUGAUAAUGAGUGCCAUCUUUCCAAAAUUGGAAAGCCACGAUGAAAAGUGUCCAAAGUGUUGUUAUAAAAGGGUUGCAAACUUUCAUGGUCCGGCCUUGCAAUGUUCAAGAUGUGGUUUGUGGCUUCGAUUUCUCGACUCGUAUGAUGGCGAACCUGAUCCACUCACCCAAAUUGCCAUCAACGACAUAAAAGCAAGUGGGAAGGCUGCAUUUGCCUAUGGCUUUCUCCAGUUCAACAACCAAGAUCGAGAGCACUCAGUCGACAUCCGGACAUUGCUGCGUGAUAGAAUGGCACAAAUUGGCCCGAUUCCGCCAGAGCGAUCAAGAGCAGAAAGACCGAAGAUCAGGCACUUUCGCAGAGUCACACUUUGCUCUUCACGAUGGCCUAAAUUCUCUGAUAACAAAUCAAGAAAGACCGCCUCGGAACUGUUAAUAACAACCAAGUAUGGUUUCGAACGAAUGGAGAGUUUUCUUAAAUCUGAAGAUCUUCCAUUUGCCUGGGCUGCAGCAGCGGUAGGAACGCGUUUUUGGAACGCUCGAACUGAACAAGCUUUGUUAAGAUUUAUUACAUCGUCGCUUCAAGCCUUGAAACAUAGCGUGCCUCCCCACGCCACACCACAGGAUAACGCACGACUUCUUGACGAUUUUGUUUAUAAUACCGAGGCUGGAGUGUUUGACUUUCUGCCUGAGCGGUUAGAAGCCAGAUGCUUUCUUUGGAUGUUGUGGGAUGUGUUUCUACUCCAGGCGAAGAUUCUAUCUUCUUGUGCAAAGCUCCUGGAUAACUGGUCCUGUCCAGAAAAUGUCACGAGAAAAACUCCCCUGACUAUGAAGCUUUUCACCUUACCGCAUAUAGCACUUCUGGUUCCUUGGAGACUCACAUUUGAUGUAGUUGAAGACAUCAUCGAUUAUUGUCGUAAAAGACAGCCGAUAUUUCUUCCUACCGCCAUCCAACAUUUCGUUAAGAAAUCCAGAAGCGUCUCGCUCCAUUACUAUAUCUACGGUGAAUUAUCGACAUAUGUUCAACGGCACCUCGAAGGGGAUGAAAAGGAGAAGCUGGAGGAUCGACUGUGUCUAGAUUGA